UAGUCUCAUUGAAAGCGGCGUGCGGUUUGAAGGUGCGUUCCGUUGCACUUAUUUUUGUAUUUGCUGCAUGCGGUUUGUUGUUGUUGGUCUUGCAUAUAAAUCACCAAGACUUGAAUCGUUAAAUAAACAUUCAAAAACGGUGGGUGUUGCGUAAACCUAGCAAGUGAAAUUUUUUGGUAUUGAGUUUUGUUCGGAGUGGCGUAUGAGCAACCUCGCACGUGUGCUCUACUAAACGAGUGUCGGCGUGAGUGCUUAUGGCAGUUCUAGUGAAAAAUUAGCAUUUCAUAAUAUGCUGGCAGUGGGUUUUGGUCACUGCAUUGUGUAAGAAAUCUAGCUUGUGUGUAUGUAAACCAAAUACAUAUGUGCUAUAUAUUCCUUCUCACCUAAGACUAAGUACUUGUUGAAAUUAAUCGCCUUACCAAACUUCCAGGAAUUUAUAUGUGAGUUAAUUUAAAACUGCAUUCCUCUGGGGGUAGAUUUAUACUACUAUUCAAGGAAAAUUUAAACCAUAAUUACAACGGCAUGUUCAAGGCUCACUGGAUAUUAUAAAAUAUUGUAAGAUGAAGCUGCCAAGGAAUCUUAAUAACCGCUAGCAAUAUAAACAACAAACUUGAAGAAAGUUAAAAAUUUCAGAAGAAUAAUAUUACAAAGAAACAAAAACAAGUGUAUAUAUGCAUAGUGUGUGUGUGGUUGGCCAACCCACACCCUUACCAAUCCGAUUAGGCCGACAAAUAGCGAAGGCAAUAUUUCAGUCGAACGCCGGAGAAAUUUUAAUGCGUGCACUGAAGUGUACGUGUAUGAAGGGACAUGUUGUUACUGUUAGACGGUUAUCGGUCGGAAAAAACGCCAGCUUCAAGCGCAGCUGGCAACAGCCGACGUAAGCAGCCACAGUGAGGCAGCCGAAAUUUCAAAAAUAAAAGCGAGGAAAACCUCGAAAAGUUAUACAAUAACCGAGCAGCAUUUGCUAGAAAAAAAAACAACAACAAAGACUGCAACUGUAGCGUUUAACGACGAGUGAUUAAAGCAACAAAUUGAAAAGUGGUGUUGAAAUGGGCAGCAGCAACAACAACAACAAUAACAACAGCAGAAUAGCAGAAGCAGCAGCAGCAGCAGUUGGUGAUUGCAUUUUUAGCAGCGGCGAAGGCAGCUACCAAAACAACAACAACCACUACAACAACGAUAAUAAUAAUAAGGACAGCAGCAGCAAUUGCUUAACAACGCAAGCAGCAAAGUUUAUAGUACAAAUAUAUACCGCAAAUAAAGCAGCAAUUGUUGUUGUUGUUUAUAGUUCGGAGCAUAAACAACAAAGAGAGCGCCAGCGUCAGCGUCAAAGGCGGAGCAAGGUGCAAAGGAAAAUCAACGAAAACAAAGUGUUGAUAAUUAAUAGCGCACAGCAGCAACAACAACAAAAGCAACAACAUCGACAACAACAACAACAAAAGCAACAACAUCAGCGACAACAUAAACGAGUGCAACAGCAUACAAGUGCUGCCGUCAACGCCAACAGCAGCUGCUGCCACAACAACUUUGACAUUCUCAUAAGCAAAAUAAGCACCAACAUAAUUGCCUUGAACGUGUUGCUCGGGGCACAGACUGCGACUGUAUGCAACAUUGCUGAAAUGGUUAUCACGUGGCGUGUCCGGAAUAGCAAUCGCCGCCGCAACGGCAUUAACAAGCGAGCGAGCAACAGUUUAAGCAACAACAACAACAGUGACAGCAACAACGCUUCGAGCAUUUCCAACACGACACCAAUGAUUGGGAGUACCAACAGCUACAACAACAAUAACAGCACCACCAAUAAUAAUAACGGUAAUUUUGGCAGUCAAACUGGACGUGCCAUUAUGUCCGUUGCAACAACAAUAGCCUCAACCUCCGCCUCCAUGGCGCUGGCGAAUAUACCCAGCAAUCUGUUGCCGCCCGCCGGCAGUGUCGACGGCUUCGACAACAACAGCACAAACAAUAACUGGUCAGUCGAUGGCGUUAGUUGGCCGACGUUGAAUCAAUCAGUGACAGACAAAGUCGACUUAAUUGAAGUGGAUUUGGCAAAUGGAUCGCUAAGCUCUGCUUAUCCUGCGCUAAGACGUUACCAUGGCGACUAUGAUGUUUCAUAUAUAGAGAGAAUAAACCCAUUUUGGUUGCAAUUCGAACCGCCAAGCACACGCACCUACUAUAUUAUGGCCAUAAUUUAUAUCAUCAUAUCAAGCAUCGGUUGUCUUGGCAAUUCACUGGUCAUAUUUAUGUUCGUACGUUGCAAAUCAUUGCGCACACCGGCCAACACAUUGGUCAUCAAUUUGGCUGUAAGUGAUCUUCUCAUGUUAAUGAAAUGUCCCAUUGCGAUCUUUAAUAAUUUCAAGCAGGGUCCAGCGCUUGGUGAUAUUGGUUGUCGCAUUUACGGCUUCGUUGGCGGUCUCAGUGGCACCGCAUCAAUAGGGACUCUAACUGCCAUAGCACUCGAUCGGUACAAUGUAGUCGUACAUCCGCUCGACCCGCUGCGCAAGACAGCCAAAGUGCGUUCCGCUUAUAUAAUCACACUAAUUUGGAUUUACAGUUUUGCCUUCUCCAUUGUGCCAGCGCUAGAUAUUGGUCUAUCUGUGUAUGUGCCGGAAGGUUUCCUCACCACUUGUAGUUUCGAUUAUCUGGACAAAGGUGUGGGACCGCGCAUAUUUAUGUUCUCAUUCUUUGUAGCCGCUUGGUGUGUACCCUUCGGCAUCAUUUGUUUCUCCUACUUCUACAUACUGAAAGUGGUGUUCGCCGCUAAUCGUAUACAAUCUAGCAAAGACAAAAAUAAGACUGAACAAAAAUUGGCGCUCAUAGUGGUGGGCAUAAUCGGUUUGUGGUUUCUAGCCUGGACACCGUACUCCAUCGUUGCGAUGAUGGGCGUUUUUGGCAAACAAAAAUAUCUAACCCCACUGGGUUCCAUGAUACCGGCACUCUUCUGCAAGACUGCCGCCUGCAUUGAUCCAUACUUCUAUGCGGCGACACAUCCGCGGUUUCGCAUGGAAUUCCGACGUCUGUGGCUGGGUCGCGGCCACUUGCGGCGCAGCUCAACGACGCGCUCCUCAUAUCUGACACGUUCGUCGACGCGCCGUUUACGCGUUAUCAGCGAUGUGGACGUGCGAAAUCGCAGCAUUGAAAAUACGAAAAAGCAAAAUAAUUUGCAGGCUCUGCAGGAAGUGACAGAGGAGAACGAUGAGGAUUAUGACUUUUCAAUACCGGGAAAUUUUAGUGACGGCAUAGAGCAAAGCCGUUUUUAAUAGAAGGUGGCACAUGUUUUUAAAUGUAAAUAGGACAGUUGUUGUAGUCGCAGAAUAAUACUGUUAUACGCAUAAAAAACUCCGUUAGUUUACUAAGUACAUGAAAACUCGUAUGUAGCUAUAUGUAUGUUGGAAGGUGUGUAGGUGAUAUGUGAUUUAUGAAAACGUAGUUUACGUAUGCAUUCUUAACCUCAAAUAAUACACUAGUUUAAAAAUAAGUAAGAUACACUGAUAUGGUAUCCUGUAACCACGGUUUACGUUAGGCUAAAGAUCACAGAACCACCUGAGCAUAUACUAAAUGUAUGUUGUACAAUAAUCUGUUGGUUAUUGUAGUAAAUUCUAUGGAUAAAUUAGAAAAUCUCAGUUAAAUCAUUCAUGGAAUUUAUUUGGAUAUAAGGAACGUAUUUUUAAGAGAUUUUCAGGCUAAAUUAGGGAAAUCGUAGCGCUAUUAAAGCUAAUUCAUACCUACCAUAAUGAACGAUGAAGCACUCGUUGUUAUUAGCAAAGAUGAGACUAUUAGAUUAGUAGACGUCAUAAAAAAUCAUCAUAAAUGAGUUUGGCAUCGCUGUGAUUGAUGAUCAAUGCUUAUUAUUAUUCAUUAAGUUCAAUAUUAAUUUAAGCAUGAAAAUGCUUAGAUAUAGAAUACCAUAUUGCUUACUAGAACAUUUAUUUUGUGAGCAUUUUGAUAUGGCUAGGCAAUAUAAUCAUUUUCAUAAUCUAUGUUCCAAAAAAGAUGACAACAAGAUACAAAGUUAAAAUAAAUAGGGUUGACUCAUCCACUCAAUGGAAAAGACUGUAGGAAGAUGAUCGAAGUACUAACCGAUCAGAUGGCGAUACACGCUCACAGAAUGGGCUAACAGAUCUAGAAGACUGCAGGAAAUGUCUAGAGCAAUAUAUCAGGGAAACAAUAGAGCAUCUCUUGUGCACUUGUCCCGUAUUGGCAAGACUACACUUCAAUCAUCUAGGAUCCCACGGUAUGAUACACUGGAGGAUGUAUCGUUAGUGAGGCCACAGAGUCAGAUGACAUUCUAUUCAGUUGAAGGCAUUCUUAAAGAUGAUUACUUCUCAUAGAUCUAGUAACUGAACUCCAUCUGGUAUCACAAAGGACCAAAACUGGUCUACCAGAUUAACCUAACUGAACCUAAGAUUCUACAUGAUAUUAAUAAACCAUUUAAGAAACUGUUGGUGAAAGAUGUAUUCUCAUAGGUAUCUCAAUUGAUAGCACCUUUUCAUAGUAGGUGUCAGGUUUUCUGAUAAGAUCUGUUUAAAUAUAAACUCAAAAGCUAAGCUGCGCUAAUUACAUGCCUUGGUCUACAAAAUAACCACAAACCCUACCAUCAUUGGAGGAUAUAAGUAUAAGGUCUAGUAAAAAUAAAUCCAAUAUUAUUUAGAUAACCUUAGUAAUCGAUAUUAGGCGUUGUAUAAGUGUGAUAGAGUUAAUAUAUGACGUUAGAAAGAUAAAAUUUCGUAAAACCUCUCAGACUAUUUUUUCAUUAUUGGCUUUGCAUUUUUGAGCAUCCGACAAAAAUUGAAGACAGCAAAGAGAAAAUGCGACACAUUGUACAGUUUAUCUUCGAUAUCGGGGAGCCAAGCAUCUGAAAUGUGAAUAUGGACCUGAUAUAGUAAUUCCGAUGUCAAAGAUACACCACGCUCUGGAAGACCAGUCGUCGAGAAUAUCGAUAAAAUAAUGGAAAUCAAGUCCGACCGCCAUGUAAGCACUGUUUUGAUUGCCCAAGAGCUAAACAUUGUACAAAAACCGUUUGGUACCAUUUAAAUAAGGCUGGAUAUAAAAAGAAGCUCGGUGUAUAUGAGAAGAGUUAAUGAAAAAAACCGAAUGAACCAAAUUCCAAUUGAACCGAAUCGCAAGAAAUCGAUCCCUUUCGGAGUCAUUGCCAAGCCAGGAUAUGUUUUCAGGAAGGGUUUGCUAAAUCGUCCAGCAGUGGACAACUGACUAAGAUAAGAUAAGACUACCGUGGUGGAGACUAAGAUAAGAUAAGAUAAAUAGGUUUGAACAGAUCGUGUAUGGUAUGAGGUCCCACCGCGAAGAAGCCUUCCUCGCGUUCUACCAUGUUAGUCGGAGAGGCCGAGCUCAUCAGCCAGUUCAUUCCUGGCUAUACCUUUGUGACCGGCACCAAGAUGAGGUGCACUUGGUUACGUUCCGCUAGAUUAUUCAGUCGUUCUCUACACUCCUGCACCAGUAGCGAUUUGAUCUUAUAGGCAGAGACUGCUUUAAGUGCCGCUUGACUGUCGCUACGUAUGGUUAUACUUUCGUUGCGAUAGUUGUGUUGUUGAUUUAUCUCUACUCACCGACUUAUGGCAAAGACUUCUGCUCGAAUAAUGCUCGGAAAACUUCCCAUAAGUAUGGAGAAUUUGGUGCGUUCGACGCCCAUAAGCAAUAGCUCGAGAGUGGAAUCAAUCCAUUCAGCCUUGCUGCUAAAUGCGACCUUGAACUUCUUGGUGAAGUUUAUCCUUUUGGUAAUGAUGUCCCUUGAGAGAAGAACCAUUGAUAUUACACCACUUAAUUCUUUC